UUGGGCUGCCUUAGCUAAGCAAUGGAUACAAAUGCAGCAAAACCAGCCUCCAGAUCCUGCGUUGCCAGGUCCUCCACCUACUGUACCUCCACCUCCAGCUCCAGCAUCUGUGCCACCUUCAGCUGCUUUGCCACCACCUCCAGGACAUAUGCCUUUAGUACCAGAAGACUUUCCUGAGGGAACUGUUACAGCACCAAUACUGAAACCACACCUUUCCAGUACUGUACCUGAGCCUUUUCACCCAGAAAGGCCAUUUGAAAAUGAACCAGUUACAGGACCAUUCAUUCCUAAACCCGGUGAUAAUACUUAUUGGAGCAAAUCACAGUGGGAAGCCAGUGCUGCUGGUGAUAUUGAUGAAAGGUUAUGGAUGCCUCCUGUUGAACCUCCUGCAGCUAUACCUGCACCAAUAAUAGCAGGGAAAGAAACAUUUGAUUAUGGUCAUAUGCAUGAUAAUCCUCCUUUGGCAAUGCAGUCUAUUGAUUACAAUCAUAUGUCUGAUUUUUCGUAUAACCAAGUGUAUGCACCACCUGAAAAUCAGUAUGAUCAAUAUUGGUCUCAAGUGAAUGCAGCUCCUGCAAUAUCACCUAUGUUUUUAAAAAAAGAACGUAUUGAUAACAGCUUACAACCUGAAGAGGACACUUCACAGAUUGAUGCGGCUAAGCGAAAGCAGUUGCCAGCUUGGAUCCGUGAUGGAUUGGAAAAAAUGGAGCAAGAGCGUUUAAAAAGACUUGAAAAGGAAAGAGCUGCAAAAGAAAAAGUAGAGAAAAUAGCUAAGACGGCAGCAAAUAAAGCAGAUUUAGAUUCAAAAGAGGAUUCAGCUAUUACUGUGCCUUCUAAAUCUAAAUUUGAAAGUGAUAGUGAAGGUGAGGGAGUUGAUGAAAAUGAUGAAAUAACAGAGAAAAUUGUAUCACCUGAUGAAAAGCGCAUACCGUCUCCAGUUGAAGAUGUAAAAACAGAAGAAGAAAAGAAGCAAGAAUUAAUGCUGAAAGUGCGCCGAAUGUUGACUGAAGUUUUAUUAUCUGUGACAAAUGCAGAAAUGCUUUCUAUUGCCCAAGAGGUGUAUAGGAAAGCAUUGUCUAAAGUUCCAGCGCGUCAGCUGGCCUCAUCCAAGUCACUGACUUCUGUAGCGUCCAGUUUACGUGGUCUUGCCAGCUACGGAACAGAAAGUGAAGACAGUGAAGGAGAGGAUGAAAAAGAUGCUUCAGAUUCUGAAGAGGAGCUGUAUCGUAGGAUUAAAGAAAAAAAGAAAUUAUUUGCAGUAAAGGAAAAGAAAAUUAUAGCUGAUCUUGAAAAGAAGGAAUUAGAAGAGCGGGCAGAAGCUGAAAAGUUGAAACAAGAAAAUAUACUAAAACAAGCCACAUUAGCUAACAAUGUGCAAGAAAAAGUUUCAAGUGAUGCCAUUUCUGAUCAAGUCCGUUCUCCUGUUGCCUUACCAGAAUCAGUUCCACAGCUUCCCAUAGCUCUAUCAAGUGAUGUAUCUUUGAUAACAGAACAAAGUCAAGAAGCACAAUUAAAUAUAAAAGAAGAGAAAGAUAAAGAACCAAUAAAGGAAGCUGCAAAGCAAGUAGAUAAUGAGGAAUCUGAUUCAUCUGAUUCAACUUCUAGCUCAUCAGAUAGCGAUAGUGAAUCUGAAGAAAAGCGGAAGAAAAAAUAUAGCAAACAGGAAGAAAAAAGAUCAUCUGGUAGUGUUAGGAAAAGUUCAAAAAGCGAAAAGAGCCAGACAAAACACAGUAGUAGUAGUAGCCGACAGAGGCGUAGCAGAAGUAGAGAUAGCGAUAGUUCAGAGAAACAUAGAAAAAGUCACUCUUACGAUAAGAAAAGCAGUAGUAGUUAUAAGAAAAGGAAGAAAUAUAAAAGAAGUGAUAGUAGCAGUAGUUCUAGUGGUACAUCUAGAAGAAGAAAGCAUAAUUCUAAAUCUGAGUCAAAUCAUAAUCAUAGUAGGGAACGUAGGAGUCGUAGUUAUGAUGAACGGGAAGGAAAACGUAGGCGGAGUGUUAGUUCUUCCAGAAGUUACCGCAGAAGUGACAGCCAUUCAUAUAGGUCAUCACAUUCAAAUAGGCAUGAAGACAGAUAUAAAUAUGAUAGGCGACAUAAGAAUGAUAAGAAAUAUCGAGAAUACAAACACAGUCCUUCACCGUCUGGACAUUCAUCAAAGCUUCCAAAAAAAUACAGAACAAGUAGGUCUCUUAGUUCUGAAAGUGAAAGUUCUGGUAAGAAAUUGAAGAAAUCCCGACAUCGAUGACCUACAGGCUAAGAUCCAUAUCUUGUACAGUGAAAUUUUAUCACCUAUCAAGAAAAGGGCAAGUUUUUAUUUGUAGGACCUGUUUUCAUUUUGUAUGUUAUGGUCUGCUUAUUUGUAAAAUUAUGCUGUAAAAUAGACACAUUUUGAGUGCAAA